AUGGACUGUGUUUUGGCGUUGCUGAAAGGUGGCGCUGCACUGAAACGCUGUAAACGAUAUGAGGAAGACAUGCUUACAAUUGCCGAGUAUCUUCGUUCCCAAGGAGCACUUCUCUUCAUAGAAUUGAGCGAAACAGCAGCACGGGUCAUUCAAAGCUGGUGGCGAGCUGUACUUCUUCGUAGACGCUUCCGUAAAAUCAGGCUA